UUUAAAAAUGUGCACUCAUACACUGUAAACCUUACUCCAGUGCUUUCGAGUUAAGAAUUGAUUAAUCUAAUCUUUAAACAAUACCCAUGUAUAUAUUUAAAUUGAAAAGUUGGGUUCCGUAAGCUGAAUGUAAUAGACACUCAAUGGGAAACAUUGAAUAACAAAACGGAUUGACUUCAUUUGCGCUAAGAAAAUCUAUUGGAUAAACAGCCGACCACGUGUGUAUUGGUAUUAAUAACGAAUACAGCACCACUGCAGUCAAUGUGCUAUCGUUAUCACAAGUGUGUGCGUACAUCUAGUGACUGUGUACACAGAUCUACACUUUUUUAAAGUUUUAAAUCACGCAACGAGAGAUUUAUGUCGGACUUAUUAGGGAGCGUGGAUUCUGUUUUUAUCGUGCAGUCUUAGUCUGUUAUUUGGUUUAUUAUUUACAUCCGUGGAAAUCGGUUUUCCUCGCUAACCAACAAACACAUGUAAUUGAUUCAAACGCUGGGCUGGUUAAUAGAGACCGGGCGUAGAGACGAACCGAGGGAAAAUGUCAGAGGAUAUCAAAACCAUGUCGGACGACCAGGAACCGGAGAGUUACGACGUGUUACUAAGGAAAGGAGUGAAACCACCGAACGAUUUAUACACGAACGGAAAGUCCAAGAUGGACUGUCCGAACUUCAAGUUGGAGCUUUUACAGAGUGAAUAUAUAAAACUGCGGCGAUAUCUGUACGGAUUAACAGCCGUGGUGGUGACAGGCAUCCUCAUACUCAUAGUAGUUGUAGCUGUUUUAUUUGGGAAAUUAAGUCAUGACUUGAUUAAUCAUGAACACAAACCUAAGGUUGGGGAACAAAUUUCAGCCAUGUUGAAGAAGAACGAACUGUGUGUUCCGUGUGCCAACAUACGCUCAGGUCCCAGUGUGGAGGAGAACGAGAUUUUGGACCAAUUUGCCAGGAAGUUUGAAGAAAAUAUUGAGAUGUGUUGCGUUGAAACCCCGUCAGAGUUAUUGCUUAUGUUGGAGUUGUUCAUUGAGAAGAGAUACAGAGAAGAAUCCGCCAAUGGUAACGUUCCUCGUACUGGUGAGUUGGUAGCGUUUGAAGGUCAACAGACCGCGGCCCACCUCUUAGGAUCACAAGAAAGACUGCAUGAACACGUUGGUCAGGGCACUCGGUUUUCUAUUCCACACUGGAUAUAUGACAAAGAUAUUGCAUUUAUCAGUAACAUGAAAUAUCGUCACGGAAGACUGGUGGUGCCCUAUGACGGAUAUUACUACGUGUACAGCCAGGUGGCGUUCAUUGAACUGUAUUCCGGAAGUAACGCCGCCACUCAGUCAUCCUCCAUUUCCCAUUAUUUGUGUCGUUACAACAUCAUAUAUCCUAAUGGAGGAGAAGAAGUUCUGGCGCAAAACACAGUCAGUAAAUCGUCCAAUAGCAAAGUGGUCGGGGAGUACAGCAGCCACUUGGGGGCGCUGUUUAAACUCCGGAAGGACGACGAGGUGUACGUAAAAGUUUCGGAUUUAUCUCUCGUUGUUCGGGACGUUAGGAAAAACUACUUCGGAAUCUUUAAAUUGUCUAACAUCACACUAAAUGAGUGACCUUCUAAUAUCACACUAAAUGAGUGACAAGGUCAUUCCACUGGAAUGUCUGGUAUAAUUCCAAUAGGCCUUCAUUUGAUGAAGCGUUAUAUCGCUGUAUUGGGUGUCUAUAAGACAGAUAGUCCUUUUGAGUGACCGUUGGAAAUUCUGUUUUAUUGCAUAAAACAUGUACGUAUAUUUACAAGAUAAGUGCAUUAUAUUUUAAAGGUCUGAAAUAAACGGUCUUCGUGUUAGCGGUAGAUUUUGUCAAUUCCGACAACAUAACAAAUAAUCGAGUAAAUAGGUUUCCUAUAUUGCACGUCGUAAUUACCAGUUUGUCAAACGUAAGGUAUGACUAUGAUAAAAAGAAUGUCUCUUUUUAGUUUGUACAAUAUAUGUAUAUGAGAGAGAGAGAGAGAGAGGGUCCACAAAUUUCCAUUAUGAAACCAUGAUUGUGAGUAAGUUGUUAAGAUUGUUGUAUGUUUUGGUCGUCAUACACUUAACUCAUCCCCCAUUUCUUCGUUUACAGUUAGUUUGAUUUUAACCCUGGAUGAUAACAUAAUAAUGAAUGAUAACAUAAUGAUAUACUUGUACACGACAACUGCCAAACCUUAGUGUGCUAACCAAUCUUUGUAACCGUGUGUUCUUCGCUUUGAGGAUAUUUUUACAAUGUCCGUAACAUGUGUUGAGAAUUUGAUAGUACUAGAAUUUUAGAAAGAAAAAAAUCCCAAGAGUUUUACGUAUUUAUAUUAUUUUGUAAUUGGUGAUAGCAUAUAUAUGUAGUUGUCAAAGAAGAACAAACAAAAAACGUAUUUAGCAUCCACAGUUGUGUGGAAAAUAGCUUUGUGACAUUUUUUUUCCUUUCUAGUACAUGUAUUUAGUUUAUGAAUAAUGUAUAAAUUCAAUCAUCAUCUACAUGUAUUUGUGAAAUAGAGCAGUUCGAUUUGUUUAACAGCAAGGCUUAUAUAUUUAGAAGUUUGUUUUCGUUUUCUUUUCGUUCCUGGCUUGAGAAGCCAGUUUUUUAAAAAAUAUAAUUUUCUUUUUGUUCCUGUAUUGUAGUCAGAAAAAGGUAUUUUUAUAAUGAAACUGGGGCAAUGUCAAUGAAAUAAAGAAUAUUUCUGAGUGUG